AUGAAAGUUUUUCAAUAUUUAACAACAUUAGAUGCAAGAGAUUUAGAGGAUUUAUAUAAAGAUUCAUGGACAUGUCAAGCCAUCGUUAGAUCAUUACCUCCAAGAGCGAAACAAUAUAUAUUCAAAAUGUUAAUGGUAGAUACAUAUCCAUUGACAAUUGCCAAAGAUUGGUCACAGCAUUCAUCAAACCAUCAACAUAAAGAGGCAUUAAAAAAGCUAUUUGAUUUAAAAAUUAUAUUAUUAAACAGAGGUAAACAACAGUCAGAGCAAUCUAUUCAAUUAAAUCCAUUGUUUCAAGAAAAUAUAAAAAGUGCAUUAGUAGAAUUUGAUAAAGUUAUAUUUUCAAAUAGUAGUAAUAUUAAAGAUACUAAUAAAAUACCAAAUAUAAAUGAUUUAGAUAACUAUUCAAAGAAGCAGUGGGAACAAGUUUUAUAUUUUCUAUCGGAUGAUGCAGCUCAACCAUCAAAAUUCAUUUCAGAUUUACUAUUAUCGAGUAAUUUAACUAGAAGAGAUCAAGAUGGGUCAUUAUCGAUCACAAGUGAUGGUUUCAAGUUUUUAUUAAAAGAUGUAUAUACACAAAUUUGGACAUUGUUGAUUGUGUAUCUCAACGAUUUGGAAAAGAAAAGACGAGAGGGUUUAACACAGGGCUCAAGAAACGAUUUGUUGGGUUUUCUUUUUAGACUUUCUUUUUUACAAUUGGGCAAAGGUUAUUUGGUUGGCGAGCUUACAGAACUACAAAAAGAAUAUUUAAUAUGUCUCAAGCAAUUUGGUUUGAUAUAUAUGAAGUCUGAUGCAAGUUUAUUUUUUUAUCCAACACGUUUAAUUAUAUCAUUGACCACCGGUAAAACACUAUCAUUGAUCCAAACAUUAGCAGUAGAUAAAAUAAAUAGCUCAUCCAACAGCGCCAAUACUGUCGCAAGCAGCACUAUCGAAAAGAAGGAAUCAGGCUAUAUAGUUUUAGAAACCAAUUACAGAUUAUAUGCAUAUACAGCAUCAUCAUUACAAAUAUCGUUAUUAUCGUUGUUUGUAAAGAUGCUUUAUAGACUACCCAAUUUAGCAGUAGGCAUUAUCACUCGUGAGAGUAUUAGAACCGCUCUAAUUCAUGGUAUUACCGCCGAUCAAAUUAUAGAUUUCAUUAGACACAAUGCCCAUCCCAAUGCAGUAAACAAUGGUCAACCCAUUCCCGAUGUGGUAGCAGAGCAAAUAUUACUAUGGGAACAAGAGCGUAAUCGUAUUACCUACACCAAAUCAGUUUUAUAUAAUUCUUUUCCAACAACCGAUUGUUAUCAUGCAACUUUGAAAUUUGCAAAAGAACAAGAUUAUUACAUUUGGUCCAAUGACCAACUAAAAACUUUGGUAGUUAAUGAAAAUGGUAAUGAUCCAAUAAGAAAUUUUAUUAAAAAGAAUUUUGCAUAA